AGAUGAUUGAUUCACAUGUGAGAGAGUAAGAGGAGAGAAUUCUUGCUAAAACCCUACUUGCUUUUUAUCCCCCCAUACUCCUCACCCCAAAUAUACAAAUUUUAUCCCAUUUCCCCCAACCUUGUAUAUGCAAUAAAAGCCAUACAUACUGCCAAGCUAUACAACUGCCAUCACAAAAUGCUUUGCAUUUUGAUGGUUCUAUGGACUCUUACUGUUUGAGCCCUUCAGAAUCUGCACUGUGUGAAUGAUAUAUGGGAUGGAAAUAAUACAGUUGGAUCUGCUGGGGAAGUAGAGGAAAGAAUAUAAAGAUACUGUGGUUGGGGCUGCAACCACACACUAAUUUUGCUUUUGUUGUAGUUUGUCAUAAGUAGGUCAUGAGAAUUCUCUUCCAUCUCUGGGUUUCUAUCUUCUAUAGCUUCUCCACUGAUACAAAGAACUCAUCAUUAUAGACGAGGCCUGAAGUCUUUGUUAGAACUUUUUUUCAGUUCAUGUUUCCAAAAUCUUGUUCUACAUGAAAAUAAAAGUAGUUUUCCAUUUAAACAGGAAUAUGUAGCUGAACAGAAAGUAAUUAAAGCUGAAGAGAAACAAAAAGAAGACAAAGAUGAUGACUGGAUUAAGGCUUAUAUUAAAGAAAUGAUGGCUGAUCUGGCAAGAGAAAAAGAUGCAGAUACUAACAGGCUGAUGCAGAAGCAUACAGACAAAGCUUUUGAAAAACUAUCUGCACAGAUGAACAAGGCAUUUAAGAUUGAAGAUGAUUGCCUUGUGAGAGGAGCUGCAGAGGUAGAAGCUGAAUACCAAAUGAAAAACUAGGAGAAAGAAGCAAAACAGAAGGCUGCCAUUGAAUCUAUUGCUGAAUACAGAGCCACUGUGAUUAAGAUGAAAGAGGAAAAGGAGAGACAGGAAAAAGAAAAGGAUGAGAGGGAUCGUAAUCAGUGGAUGACAGAAGACAGCAUCUACCAGGAAAUGGAAAAAGCCAAGAAACAAAGACAGUGUGAUGCAAACAUGGAAGUACAGAAAAUUCAGAUCCAGCAAAUGGCUGAAAAGCAGGCAAAAACCCAGCAGGAACAGCAAGCAGACUUGGAUUACGAUGCUCAGAAACUGCUUUUCAUCAGGAUCAAGCAUUUUGGAGAUAAAGACAAAAUAUAUUUGACUACUAUCUAAGUAUCUACAAAGGAAAAGGAACCUUGCCAUUCUCUCCUUCCAAGUUCUAUAUGCCUGCAAAACCUAUCAGUGCCCAAUAGCUGAAGCUAACUCUGGAGCAAGUUACAAAACAUGCUGUUUGCCAAAACCUGCCUAUACUCAACUUCAGCUCAAGAAACAAGUGCCAUAGUUCACAACUGUACUUUAACUAGUCUAAUUUUAUUAUGGAACAAAGCAGUAGAUUCACUUUUUACAAAGUCAAGAGGUAACAACCACAGGUAAACUAUCAGUACUGUACUCCUAGAGUAUUGCUGGGCCUCCAGCCUUAGUUCAAACCUUACGUUUUGGCCUAAAAAAAAAAGUCUUACUGAGCAAACAAUAAAAUUGAGUAAGCUGUU